AUGGAGACUUUGCAGCUUGCAAGCGAAGCCGGCCAGGAGAUAGACCAACGCGAGAUUUCUGAAGAGAGAUCUCUCCAAAUGGAUGGCGGUCCCGGAGUCAAGGGUUACUCCAUCCAAGAGGACAAGCCUUGCUGUUUGCCCUGUGAAAAAAGCGUGGAUCUAGAACUCAGAAUUGCAGAAACUGAGACUUCGGUGUCCCUCAGUCCCGUCGCUCUGAAAGCGUUGGCCCCGGCACCUCUCCAGCAAUGCCCGUUCAGAGUCUCCAUUAAUGACAUGGACUGCCUCAUCUGCUUCAACCGAUACAGCCGCGCCCGGCUGCCCAAAGUCCUGGCGUGCCAGCACACCUUCUGCGCCGCGUGCCUGAAGUCGAUCUUGCGGAAUGAAGAUCGCACCUGGAUCAUCACCUGUCCCCUCUGCCGAAAGGCCACUGUGAUAUCCGGGGGUCUCAUCUGCAGCCUCCAAAACCAGGCACACGUCAUGGAGCAAUUGGGGAGCCCAGAUCCAGAUACCGAGAUGGCUGGCCCUCUGGGCACUGCUGGCGCGUGUCAUAGCCAGCAUCCUUCCCUUGAAAUGCAGCCCCAGGACGGUGGAGAUACCAGCCCAGCUGCCACCAAGAGACUGAUCCUGCUGUUACUGCUGGUUUCUCUGCUGAUUGUCCUCAUACUCCCAUUCAUGGACACCGGACUGCUAAUGUGGUCCCUCUGCUUCAUGAUGCUUCUGGGGGCCAUCCUAUCCUCCGUGCUUUGCUGGGAUCCCAGGUGGACAUGCCCAAGUCUUUCGCUGCCCCUCUGCACAAAGAAGGUCAGCCAAGUGGCCUGAGAAUGGCUUUGGGACUUGAGCGGGCACCAGAGGAAGAGGACCAAGAGAGUAGCUGAAUAGGUGCCAGGGCUGGGUGGGUUCAAAUGUUCCCUGUGCGUACACACCUGGGAAUCAUGGCACAGAUCCAUAGCUGUUUCUGGAAUCCAAUUUCAUGGGCACGUUGGUCAGAAAACAGCAAACACAAUCCUGAUGCUUCCCUGAAAGAUGUAUUAUUUUGCAGGAUGUCUGAACAAGUUUUCCCACUGCUUUGCUCCAUGACAAACAGAGGGUGGCUUCUGGCUUUAAAAAAUGUGGGAAAGUCAAACAAAAGUUAAUCAGUAACAUCUAGAUGGAAACUCCACAGUGAGAGGCAGUCUACCUCCAAAGAGCCAACGUUAGACACCAGCAACUGGGACAAACUGUGGCCCGCAUGUCCUCCUCAAAGGCAGUCCUUUAAGGAGAUGAAGAUGUGAGCUUUGAUUUAUCAGGGUCUAAUGGUAGUCUUGGUUGUAAUUUAACCAUUUGUGAGGUUAUCUUCAAGGCUGCACAACUGUAAAUGCUGAAAAUAGAAAGCUUGCUCUUUAAUUCCAUUGUUAAACACACCGUUAUGGUGCUUAAGAAGAUUUUUAAAAAAUCAGUGCACAUGUUCCAGAUAAACUGGGAAUUUAAAUCCAUUCCAGGGGGGCUUCUGCACCAGGUGACUUAAAUUUCCUCUGGAAACCUUUGAUGCAGGGUACAAAUGUGUUUGUUCUUAUGUAUGGGUUGUGGGGAGGUUGCAGCUGUUCUGAGAAACCAAGAUUCACCUUAGUAAAUGGGAACAACCACAGAAUAAGCAGUCCUGAAGUGAGGGCUGUUAAAGCAUUCAGUAUUGUUGAAAUGUUUUAUGUGUAUGCUGUAAAGAUUUGUAUAAAGAGAAUUUCUCCUUG